AUGGGCACUCGUGGUAAAUUUAUACUAGACCGGCUACAAAAAAUAUUGAAGAGUCAGCAUUCCGUUGUAAAUGAAAAGCUUGCUUACUAUGCCGAACAAUCACAGAUCAAUCCAAGAGACGCAGAUGUUUCAUCGCCAAUUGUACCGGAACUACUCGAUACUUUACAUAAAAAUGAUCAAAAUCGUUCUUCUAUAAGUCAUUCUAGAAAUUCUAGUUCCUCCAGCAGUAGUUCUAGUUAUAGUUACUGUAACAGUUCAUCUUCAGAAGCUAAAAAUAACGACCAGUCAAUCCUACCGACCACAACAAAUAGUGAAAACGAAAUUGUUGCCGAACAUAUUUCCAGGAAAAGCUUUCCGAGAAACGACUCUGCAUUAGACAGAUCCUUUUAUGAAGACAGUGAUGAUUCAGUAAAGGACCCUAACUAUGAACCUGAUGAUGUUUUACCUAAAGAUGCGAAUUUGUCACAAAGUACAUCAUCUUCUACUUGCUUAACCAGUAUUUUGUCACCAUUGGCGAGCCCGGUAAAAAAAGGACGAAAGCGUGAAAGAAAAGAGGAAAACUGGAAAAAGAAUGUAUUACAAAAAUUAAAAAUAAGUGGCAAAGAGUACCAAUCACACACAUCUCAUAAGAAAGUGGUAAAGGCGAAGAAAAUAAAGCCGCCCUGUAAAGAAAAAUGUAAGUUACAAUGUAGGCUAAAACUCACCCAAGAAGAGAGGGAAGCUAUCUUUAACAGCUAUUGGGCCCUAGAUAGUAAUGAGAAUCAAUGGAAUUCCAUUUCCAAGAGUAUGGAAUCAAUUUGUCCGAAGUAUAGAUAUAUUCGAGAAGGAGGCUCUCGACCUCGACGGCAUAAUAAUAAUUCGUUUUAUUUCCACUUGCCUGACAAAAAAGUUAGAGUAUGUAAGACCUUCUUUAAAGCAAUUUUGGAUAUAACAGACCGACCGAUUCGCACAGUUACGGAAAAACAGAAUAAAGUUGCUAACACUCUACUAGAAAAAGAUCAACGUGGGAAGCACGGUAAACAUCAAAAAAUAGAUGAAAAGGUCCAGUGGAAUCCUCCAGCGGCAAUUAUAAUAACGUUAGAUUUCUUUUUAAAUUCUUUACAUAUUUAUAGUCUUCUCUGUGUGAUAUCUCAGUACCAAGAACUUAAAGCCGGUAGAGGUAGAGCCUUAGACGAUCAGAUAUACAGGGUAAUUCGUUCGCCUUCGAUAAUACCGGACAUCCUUUCGCCAAAUAUGAGCAGCGCCAGAAGGGGCUCCAGGAAAUCGGUCAAAUUUCCUGACAGUAAUCCAACGCAACACAACGGAUCCCAACUUUUGGACCCGUGGUCGAUAGAAGUGCGAUCUCCGAUGAUGGUACCGCGAGGUAUCGAUACAGCACCAUUACUGGACUCUGGUGCAACGCCAGUAACACAAUCGAGUGUAUAG